AUGUCGCGCUAUCUUCGCACUAUCGCGGUCGUCCUCGCCGUACUAUCUUCCGCUAUCUGCAAGCCCAUUGGCGGCUUGUUCCAUUCGGCAGAGGAGCUAGCAUACCGCCAGACGCCAGGAGUCGCACGCCGUGGCAAUUAUCACGCCAUAUCAACACCUGGAGGUGGUGUCUAUCCUCGACUUGAGAUUAGGGAUCUGAAGAAGGACACGGAUGCGUGGAAUAUUUUCAUAUUAGGCAUGAGGCAGUGGCAGGAGGAGGUGGAUCCAAACGAUGCGUUCAGCUGGUACAAAAUUAUGGGAAUUCAUGGUAUGCAACAACAAUGGGAUAGUGUUCCACAGGCAGACGGAGGGCCGUACUGCGCGCUCAUCGAGCAAACCCUUCUGGUCAACGCCAGAACUGCUGUCUCUAAGUUCCCAGAUGGUGGCUUGAAAGACCGUUAUAGCAAGGUACUGGAAACUCUUAGAGCACCGUACUUUGACUGGGCAAGAAAGCUCGCACCGGGAGAUCCGAUCUUGCCCGAUUUCUUUCAGCGUCCUAAAGUGGACAUCGUCACAUCUACUGGGAAUCAAACCAUCGACAACCCCCUUUUCUCCUACAAGUUUCCCUCGAACAGCAGGAAAGAUUUGUAUGACCCUAACCAACUAUGGUGGUCAGAAUACCCGAACACUGUCCGCAUUCCUACUUCGCAAGACGCAAGCGCCGCGAGUCGCAAUGACGUUGUAGAAAGUGAGCUCAACAAGACGAGUCUGAACUUGCGCGAGCGUGUCCACCAUAUUCUGACCUUGGAAACCAACUUCAGCAACGUCAGCAGCUCCUCAUACGAUGGCGACAGCCUAGAAUCAGUUCAUGAUAUUGUUCACAUGACGAUAGGAGGAGAUGGUGGGCAUAUGUCGAAUGUCCCAUAUUCGUCUUUUGAUCCUAUAUUUAUGUUCCAUCACCUAAAUAUCGAUCAUGUAGCAGCUAUGUGGCAGAAGGGACACCAGGACACUUGGGUACAGCCCCAAUCUCAGGAAUACACCACGUUUGCGAGACCGAAUGACGCCGUUGCGGAUGAAAAUUCUGCGCUUUACCCUUUCCAUAAGACCAUAGCCGGCGACUUCUUCAGUUCCAAAGACGUGAGAGAUUACACGGUAUUCGGAUACACAUACGAUGACAUCUCAGACGACCCAGCCAUUCUCCUGCAGACCAUCGAAGAACACUACGGUGAUCCCGUGCCUUCGAAUCAGAAGCGUGAAGCUAGCAAGGUCCCAAAAAAUGGAACCGACGCAGACCAGGUCUACAUAGCUCAAAUCAAAGCUCCCAAGUUCGCAUUGCCAGGUGGCUAUUUUGUGUACGUUUUCGUGGGCGAAGCGCCAGGAGACGACUCGGACCCGUCAUGCUGGAACAGCCACCCGAAUUUUGCAGGUUCUACUGCGAUCUGGUCGUCGGAUAACAUGAAGCACACUACGAAUGGAACCGGCAUGGUUAAUACCGUUGUGCCGCUUACAUGGACACUGCAGAAGCAUAAGGCGGAUGGAAAAGUAGCAGAUCUAUGUGAGAAAGAUCUUGUUACAGAGUACUUGUUGAAGAACUUGAGUUGGCGUGUCUUAUCUGUUCAAAAACAUGACGUUCCCCUAGGGGCUAUCCCGGGCAUCGAGCUUUCGGUCAUCACGGCUUCAGUAACGCUAGGGGACGCGACAAAGUUCCCAGUUGCAGGAGAAUAUGAGAUUGUUUUCACUCAAAAGGUUGCAGGGAAAGAUGGUGGUUACUGUUGAUACAUAUAGUGGGUGUUUGGGGCGAAGGCCUGGUGAUAUCCCAUAGACGGCUUUUGGUUCUUCUUGAUGGUGUAAAGGCUUGGUGACAACCUAACCAGGCUGGCUUUCUUUGGUCUAAUAGAAAAUAUGGUGGUUGAUACUUUCAAGAUACCACUCUGGCGAGUCUAUAGGUUGGUAUGAAAUUGAUUGACUAUCAAGCAACUGUCCUUUAACUCAACAUAUCAUACCCGCAGUUCAAACUUGUAUAUAAGUCGCGUUAUGCCCUUCCCUCGCUGUCCUACUCGGCCCCUUCCUUUCUAGCAGGCUUACUCAGCACCCUAUGCAUGU